AUGAAGAUUCUUCAUGCCUUCAUGUUUUGUUGCUUCUCAGCUGGAUGUCUGGCGACGACAGAAGUGCUGGAGGUGAGCGGCCAUGUUGGAGGAGAGGUCUCCGUACACUGCUCUGUUAGCAGGACCAAAGACAACAGCUCCGAACACAGCAACAUGUACUUCUGCAGUGGAGUCUGCUCCAGAGAAAAUGUUCUCAUUCAGACUAAGAGGAAGAGGUCACCCGUCACAUGGCGGGGGAGAUACAGCAUGGAGGCCGACAGAGGAGAUGGGGUCUUCAACGUGACCAUCAAGAAGCUGAAGAGGGAGGAUGCAGGGAGAUAUUGCUGUGGAGUGGGGAAAACCUUUAACGUGCUGUACCAGGAGGUCAAUCUCAUAGUCCUAGAUGCUUCCACUGUUCCUCCUGGAUCUCCUCCCUCCACCAUGACCCUGCAAACCGAAGCAGAAACUCGGCCCCAAGGCAGCUUUGAGUCCAGCACUGAAUCGUCAGCAACAGCAUUAACUCUGCCCUCUACAGAGAAGACAAACCAGCGAGGAACAGUCAACCUCACAGAUACCACGGUGGUCAUCAUUGUUUCGGUGAGCCUGGCUCUUCUGGUUUGUGCGUUUAUCCCUCUUGUUUUCUACGGACACUGGAGGAGCAAUGCCGAAGAUCAGAGCAGAACUGAAGCAAACAAGGACGAGGCCGAUUACUGUGAGGAAAAUCAGGAUGGCGCCUCCACUCAGGACAGAGUGAGGCUGCAGUCCUUAGAACCAGAUCCAGAGACCAGUGCUGAGGAUGCUUCCCAGUAUGCUGCCAUCUACCAAGCACUUGACCCCCAAUCUCUGGACUGA